AUGGUUUCACCACCGCCCUCCCGCUCCUUCGAAGAUUUGGUCGUUUACCACCUCUGCCUUCCAGUUUCUCGAAUUAACUCGGGCAUCACUGUUCAUCUCCAGGAAUCCCUCAUAGAAGCUGUUCUUCCGGGAAGCUGGAUCCGAGGACGCCGUCUACGUAGUCGAAGAUUUCAUGAGUAUAAUGCGGCGUAUUUCCAGAGCCUUGCUGUGAUGAGGAAAGCUAAAGAAUUGGCUGCGUCUGGAAACGUUAGAGAUCUUGAAGUGUUUGCCAGCUCUGAGUACUAUGAAUCAGCUAAACCGCACUUGCGGGUUCCUCUUACCUCCAAGGUAAAUGAAUUGGCUGAGAAGUAUUCAGGACUGAUGACUUUAAGGAGUGUUGAUUGUCUCCGGCAAGUUGGAUGGCCAUUGCUUGAUCCAGAGGUGGAGAGCCAUAUAGAGAAGGCUCUUCGUAGUGGUCAUGUUUCAUACAAAUUAUCCAUUGCGACUGGUUUCCUGGAUAUAUGGGAAGAAGCUACGUUGUCUAUUAAGAGAGAAGGUUACAGCAUCAACUUUAAUAACGAUCUCAUAGUUGCAGAAAAGUUCUCAGCUUCUACUGCUGUAACAAUUCCGUUUGGGCAGCCUGCAGAAUUUGUUAUAAAUUGUUCAGAUGGUAGCGAACGUUCCUUACGAGCAGAUAAUGGAUCAACAGACCUUAGCUGGCUCUGCAGAGAAAGAAGGGAAAAGAAGAGAGUAUUUUGUUUAGCAAAUGAGACUUUUCGUAUAUAA